ACACCGAUAUUUCAACUUAAUUUGGUUUUCUCGCAUUGGAGCUACAGUCGUCCGCUAUGCAACCCAGAAGGCUGUGAAUGGUCACUUUGGGAAGGUGACCGUGUGGGGCAGAUUGGACAGCGUCGUCUACCCUCGCUUGCAUCGGAGCUGGCGGUGGACCACAAUGCAACAAGUCUUGGAAUAUGCAUUGGAUCGAGCUGAGUACAUUGUUGAAAGUGCUCGUCAACGACCAGCCAAAAGAAGAAUUUCCACUGGCGGGAGGAAGAGUUUGUAUCAGAAGCUCUAUGAGCUGUACAUCGAGGAAUGUGAGAAAGAGCCAGAGUUAAAGAAUUUGAGGAGAAAUGUGAAUUUACUUGAGAAGCUGGUGUCUCAGGAGUCCGUAUCAUGUCUGGUGGUCAACUUGUACCCCGGGAAUGAAGGCUAUUCUUUAAUGCUCAGGGGGAAAAAUGGAUCUGAUUCUGAAACUAUCCGUCUGCCAUAUGAAGAAGGAGAACUCUUGGAGUACCUAGAUGCGGAGGAGUUACCUCCUAUUCUGGUGGAUCUGUUGGAGAAAUCACAGGUGAACAUCUUCCAUUGUGGCUGUGUAAUAGUAGAGAUGAGAGACUACAGGCAGUCUGGUAACACCAAGAUGCCCACCUAUCAGAGCAGACACAUCCUGCUGCGGCCAACCAUGCAGACUUUGAUCUGUGAUGUCCAUGCCAUGACCAGUGACCACCACAAGUGGACGCAGGAUGACAAAUUACAGCUGGAGAGUCAGUUGAUUUUGGCCACAGCUGAACCUCUGUGCCUGGACCCCUCCAUUUCUGUCACCUGCACAGCCAACCGCCUGCUGUACAACAAGCAGAAAAUGAACACUCGCUCCAUGAAACGGUGUUUCAAGAGGCACUCUCGAGCCGCCCUGAACAGGCAGCAGGAGCUUUCCCAUCUUCCACCACAGCUACGACUCUACGACUACCUGCAGAGGAGGAAGGAGAGGAAACCUUCUCCCGCCGCUGACCUUAAGAUCUCAAAGAUCGGAAAUUGUGUGGACAUGUGGAAGCAGAGCAACUGCCAACUAUCUGUACCAAAGGAAAUUGAUGUGGAGAAGUAUGCUGUGGUUGAGAGAUCUCUGCAGUUGGAGGACUCUCAGCCCACAACUGUGAUCUGGCCUGCUGAGGAAGUCGUAGAUGACUACACGUUUGAAUGUGAAGUUGGGGGCCAACCCCAGAUGACCAAGGUGUCCAUCUUCCAGUCAAUGGGAGACCCGCUGGUGUAUGGGAAGAUCUACUGCGCUAAAGAACCAAAAGCCGAAGAGGACAGCUCAGAUCUCAAGCUCAUACAUUCCCCUUUCCUCAUAGGCUCCAAGAUAGAUGCAGAUCGGUUUCUUACUCAGUACAAAGGAGUGUAUGAGAGCGAUGUGAAGUGCGAGGUCAAGAUGUCCCAUAACUCAGGUAGCGUGGGACAGGGGCCUCCCUCUCCAAGCAAAGACGAGGGUGACGGUAUUCCUCCACUGGUCCAGACGUCUGUUUUGGGAAAAGGGGGGAAGCAUCGACCCCCUCCCAUCAAACUGCCUUCUGGAUCAGGCAACAGCUCCUCAGGUAAUCCAUAUAGUUCACAAACCACCAGUAGUCUACUCAAGUGUCCUACGCCCCCUCCAGCCAAAAGCCAGUCUCUGAACAGGAAGCACUCCAUGGAGCUGAGCCAGGUGGGGCUCCUGUCACCUGCCUCCCUCUCCCCCAUGGGCUCCACACAGAGAUCGGGGACCCCCAAGUCCUCCACCCCCACACCCACCAACACGCCAUGCUCGACACCGCACCCCGCCGACGCCCUCUGCGCUCCUCUCUCGUUGACCCCCACCCCUUCGGAUCCCCCCAUGCUCCAGAGCCAGUCGCAGCCCGCCCUCCUCACGCCGUUCGCCCAGCAGCAGCUGGCUCUCAGCCAGCCGAUGCCCGUCAUGUCCAUUCCCCUGCCCACCAUGGGCACGUCCAUCACCACGGGGACCACCUCGUCGCAGGUCAUGGCCAACGCGGCGGGGCUCAAUUUCAUCAACGUGGUCAGCUCCGUCUGCAGUCCUCAGACCUUGAUGAGUGGCUCCAACCCCAUGCUGGCUCCCGGUCUUAACUUUAGCGGAAUCCUUCCACCUGGAGGACUGAUGCCCACCAUGCAGUCCGCGGCGCAGGCCGGGAGUCCUUUUGGCCUGAACAGCAGCGCUGGAUUGAGACCACUGAACCUACUGCAGAUCCCCACUGGUCCUCUCAUCUUUAACCCUCUGCAGCAGCAGCAGCAGCUGUCACAGUUCUCCCCACAGCAGAGUCAGUCGGCCACCUCCAGCCCUCAACAACAGGGAGAGAUGGGGGAUCAGGGGUGCGAUCAAAGUUUAGGAAACCAGCAAACAGCGGUCAUCAACCUGGGAGUCGGAGGCUUCAUGUCUUCUCAAGCAGCAGUGCUGUCCCAGUUGGGCUGUGGGCUGGACGGGUCUGCGUCCCCGCUGCCUUCUCCAAGGCUUCAGCAGCAGCACCAACCACAGAUCCAAUUGCAAUUCUUGCAGCACCAAAUGCAGCAGCAGCAAAUGGCUAUGGGAGCAGCAGCGCCUCAGGGGGCAGCGCCACGGCAACAUACCGCCAGCCAACCAAGAAGUAAGAGGAAGAGGAGCAUGCCACAGCCCCUCCCGAAGUUAUGAGAGACUGAAAUCACAAAACAACUCUUCCCUCCUCCCAGCAACACUAGGACAUGAAUGAUCCAUACUGUGCUCUUUGUCUGACUCACUGUGGAGACUGCAGACAAAGAAAACAACCUUUCGGUGUCUUCUUCCAGCUGACAAAUGUGUAUGUGACGGUUGUCAGAGGUUUUGGAGAACCAGGACUUUGUCUACCACAGGGCAUUGGGUUUUUGAAGGCCAGGGAGUCCUACACUUAAAGAACCCCAGUGGUAUUUUUUAGAUGAAAACAGAAUAAGAUGGUUUCUGGUAGGCGGCAGGCGGCACACCGCCCCUUCAGGAAGACGUCUCACUACGGGGGCAGAAAGGGUGAGGAUUUGACUAAAUGACAUGAGCGUGCGUGUCUGACCCCCCCUGCCUCUGCUUGGUUGACACCGGUACAAACUGCCCUUUAAGCACGGAUCCCAGUGAGCUUGUCGACACCAAAUCCUCCACAUAACCACGACGUGUGAAAAUGCAAAUCGAAUCUUGGAGUAGUGCCUGGGGGGGCCGCUCUCUACCUCUCAAGUCUGUUGGAAGUCUUUUCUUCUGUUGGCCAUCCAGGCACAGGGCUCAAACCAAGGACUCAAGAUGAAGAUGCAAGACGGUGCGUCUGCUUUUGUACAGCGCAUUUUGAAAAGGCAUUUCCUUUUAAAUUGUUCAGGAGCCACGAGUGUAUUCUUAUGAGACAUCAAUAGAGUGUGUGUAUGCGAGACAUUUCUGGACACUGAGAAAUAAUUUUUUAAGCAGUCUUUGUCAGCAGUUUUAUUGUUAUUGAAAAAAAAAAAAGAAUAUAUAUUGACAGUGGAAAAUACAGCUUUUAGAUAAACAAAAA